UACGGAUAUCCAAUUUAAAGAACAUUUUAGAAUGUCUCGAAUUACUUUUGAGACAUUACUAAAUGUAAUAGGAAAUCAUUUUCUAAACGCAGAUAUAGAACCAUAUAACAAUAUUCCUCUUUCAAAAAGGAUAUUGUUCACAAUUUGGUUGCUGAGUAAGCAAGAGUCAUUUCUUGCAGUUGGUGAUCGAUUCUGUAUACCAACAAGUUCCGGACAUGAUAUUUGAAGAACGUUCUCAUGGCAUAAGUAACGUUAUUGGGGCCAUUGAUGGAUGCCAUAUCCCGAUAAAGCAACCAGUUAAAAAUGCAACUGAUUUUUUUAAUAGAAAACAAUUUCAUUCGAUUAUAUUACAAGGAGUUUGUGAUCAUUCCAAACGCUUUAUUGAUGUAUUUAUUGGAAUGCCGGGAAGAAUGCACGAUGCACGUGUAUUCAGAAAUAGUCCACUCUUUCGGAAGUUGACAGAUCAACAAAAUCCACUUCUUCAGCGCAAUCAACAUUUGAUUGGAGAUUGUGCCUAUCCUUUGAUGGUCAAUCUAAUGACUCCAUUUCGGGAUAAUGGACACCUUCUUCCAUCUCAAGUGUGCUACAAUAUGAAAUUGAGUAAAAUUCGCUCAAUUAUUGAACAGUCAUUUGCAUUCCUAAAAGGAAAAUUUCGGCGUCUUAAAUAUUUGGAUAUAGCCGAUACAGAAUUCGAUUAUGCCCAUGCACUGGAAACAACUGAACAUCUAUCUGUAGUUCGAGAAGCAGUGCAAGCUGUGGAGAAGGUGUGGAUCGGCUGA